AUGUCUUCGUCAAUCCAAGCCAAAGGAUGGGUCUGUCCCAAAUGCAAAAAGGAAAAACCAGCGAUCGCUGCAAAAUGUACCUGUGGGGCCUGGAAACCGGGAUACACACCAAAUGCCGCCGCGAAGAAACCAGGGCAACUCCUCAAGUGGAAAUGCCCCAAAUGCAAGCACGAGAAGCCAGCAACGGCUCUUAGGUGCAUGCCAUGCAACACGUAUCAGCCUGGGCAUGCACCCGCAAAACCUAAACGCCUUUGUCCAGAUUGCCAAAAGACAGACCUGAACAUUGGGUUAUGUUCCUGCUGGGUGAAAAAGGAGACAACGAGACGCAAAGAAAUGUUGCAGUCCAUUCCUCCUGUUCACGUUAUUGCUCGUAUCGUUUACGACGGCUUUAGAGGUCAGAUACCAUUUAAUACAAAGCAUCAUCCCAUAGUCAUCCCCCCCGAGCAAGUUACCAUUGGGCAGCUCAAGGAUAUCAUUUUGAGGGAAGUGUUUGGGCGACAAACUCGGAUUGCACCUCCCCCCAAGGGAUUAAUGAGCCUCUUUUACCACGACAAAGAGCUGAUGCCGCCAACAUCCCUGCUAGCGGAAGACCAUGGUUUUCGGGGUACACGAGACGGCAGUGUCGCUAUGCCCAAAUCUUUGAACACUCUGGGCAUUGACACCGGCUUUAUUUCCCGCAAAUUCGGCUUUGAUAUUACUCUUUAUGUGGACCAAGUUUUGACCUUUGAGGUGGUCCCGAGCCCGUUCCAAGACACGGCUCAAAGGGGCGGCUUGAGUGAUGUAACAUGCGGUGGUUUGCUGGCGCCCAACAACACCUUUUCUCUGCAUUUUCCAAACAAGAAAUCUCUCAUGAAGGAAGUCACUGCCGCGCAAGCAAAAGAACAACUUCAGCUGGUAUCUGGUAUUCCCAUUGAGCGCCUCCACAUUCUGUCGGCCUCCGGUGGAGAAUCCGACGUUCAGAAGCAAGAUUUUCAAGUAUCUCCGAGUUCCAUUAGAACUUGCGCAGAUGAAUGGCUUGUUCAUGUCUUGACUCUAAAUGGUAAGCACUGGAAGGUUGGUAUUGAUUCGACUUCCACUCUACGGCUUUUAAAAGAGCGGAUCCGGUGGUCGGGCUGCCGUGUUGACGACGACGGACAUUUGAUCCUCGGCGAUGGGAAAGUGCUUCCAAAUGAUAGGGAAGAAGAAACAAUUGAAAGUUUGUGCCUUUCAGAUGGAUGCGUCCUUUAUGUCGUUGAAGAAAUUGCUGCCUAUUUUCAGGAGACCGAAGAAAGGCAGCAACCCACUAUACCGCCACUUUGUGAGUCACUGGUGGGGGGAGAGCGUCUUGAAUUUCGUUGCAUGCCUCGAACAGCAUGCUUACGACAGGAACCUGAACGAUGCAACGGUCUACUGGGUCUGCGCAUACGCGCGGUCAAUCAACACGAUGUGGGCGGAGAGAUUGAUGGCGACGAUCCCAAAUCUAGCCCCUUCUAUAAGGCAAUGCAUCUGACUAAGGGGACAGUAACGGUGCUCGACAGAGGUUCAGUGACUUACAUACGGAUUUGGUGUUCCUACGAAAUCUCAGUUGUCAUGACCGACUUGAAAUCCAAAUCUCCUGGAUACCUGUACGAUAUCUACGCCAUGUCGAAGCAGGACGGAACCGAUGUCGUUCAUUGCCCCGUGGGGCUCACUGAGGGCUUCGCAGCGGCCGACAUUUACCCCAAGAACCAAGAUGGCACCCUAGACACAGCAAAAAGAGAUUUCGAAGCCAAAUGGACCUUGUCGAAGUCGCGACGAGAGGCUGCCUUCCCACUAGAUUCCGCCAGUGGGGCCCUUGUUGUCCAACUGGAGACCGCCAGUGCCAGCGUUGAAGACGACAAGAAGCGCAUUCUGAAUGCGAUUGCUGGGAACACAGACAACUUCUUGAGCGACCCCCCAGCGUCUCACGAGUCAUACGACAAAUUGAACGUUCGAGUUCGAGUUCGAUUUGCACUUUCAUCAUACCGUACCGCACUCGAGAGACAUGCCGAUAUGAAGCCAUUCCGAAAGCGCUCGCUGACAAUCCAGAAACUCAUCUGGUAG